AUGACAAACCAGAAAUUAAAUGAGAGUGUGGUCUGUAAAUUUUGUGAAGGGUACUAUGACUUCGGUAGUGAGCAACCAGUGUGCUCAUCUUGCCAUGCUUUCAUUUAUGAGUUUAGUUUACCACAAAUGACUGAAAAUCGUUUAUUUGAAGAAAAAGAAGCAUCCAAUGACAGUGGAAAUGAAGAACCAGAUAAAGGAUCAGAUUUAUUUGCAGCUGCUUGGAAUUCUCCCACUUCAGAAGUCACUUCACAAGAUCAUGUGCUUGUCAAAUCUCGGCCGUCUUGUGCUCGAAUUUUUCCAGCUACAUGUCCCCUACAACAAUCUCAUGUUACUACAUCCUAUGCAAAUUACCCUGUAAUUGAUUACCUAUCACCUGUUUCCAAUAGGAAGAUCAAAUCUUGUAGUUCAUGUAUGUCUCCGAGCCUUGAGGAUCUUCCAACUGAAAUUUUACUGCGUGUUUUUCUCAUGGUAGAUGACAUAUGUUUGUGGUCUCUACGUCAAGCGUCACCCAGAUGUCGUGCGGUAAUCGAUAGUGAGAUAUCAGAACAACAAUGGGAGUCCUAUGUAUCAUUUCGAUGGCCACUCUUUAAUCCUAAUUGCCGAGUUGAAAGUUGGAGGCUUCUUUACCUCAAUAUGAUGGAGAGUGUUACUUGUAGAUUUUGUUUAGAACGUUUACGCUUACCAGUUGUAUUCCCAAUCGAAGCUCCAAAAGUUCGAUAUAAACGAAUUAAACAUGAAUUUGAAAACCUAUGUGCUGAUCCACCUUACGGCAUAAAAAUUAUUACUUUAGAUACGACAACAUAUUCUCACUUCCUGGCUGGAAUCGAAGGUCCACCACAGUCCCCAUAUCAAGGUGGAUUUUUUCACGUUCUUAUUCUCGUUCCUGAUAGUUAUCCUUUUCGACCACCUGUGAUACGUUUUCUUACACGUAUAUUGCAUCCGAACAUCAGCUUUCAUGGUGAUGUCGGAUUGGAUUCAAUCAGGCAUAACUGGUGUUUAGCAUUGAGUUUAGAGAAGCUUUUAAUUAGUAUUUUAGCCCUUUUAACUGAUCCACAUACACGUGUUUGUAUGGAACCAGUAAUUGGUGCUUUGUAUGAUUGGGAUAAGUAUCAGUUCGAAGAAUUAGCAAAGUUAUGGACGUGGAAAUUCGCUUGUCACGAUUAUUUAUCGGCUGAUUUUGUGUCCGCAAUGGUUCUCCCUGAUUAUAUUGAACAAACUCAUCAACGUCUUAACUGUAAACAAAUAAGAUAA